AUGCUUCUGAGCUUUGGUCUUGGAUUUAAGGUUCUGAAUUUCAUUUUCCCUUUUGGUUUUGUUCCAUUAAUGGAACUCCAGGUUCACAGAUCUGUGAGGUGUGGGAACAACUACCACAGGCUUUGUUUUCUUUUCCCUUUCUAUUCUCCGGACCUUAACACCUUCCACAGAACCCGAUCCAACAAUGUUCAAAGACAGGAAAAAGCUAUAAACAAACAAAUACAAGCUGAAGCCAAAAGGAGUUUGGUGCAGAUCCGCAACCCAUUUGCAAAGCUUAUACUUUUUAAGGAGCUGAGGCUGAGGCUCUGUGACCUACUCAGUCUUUUGCUUUUGAAAGGCUUUCUUUUCUUUCUGCGAUUGGGAAAAGCUUUAACAAGGGCUUCUGACUCGGACCGCGAUAUAUCGUACUUUCUGUGGGAUUAG